UAAAAAGUGAGGGAGUGUGAUGCAAACAGGAAGGUUAGCCUGAUGGGAGGAGUGUGAACAAAUAGUGUUUGUUUUGUGUGUCUUUGUGAAAGAUGCAAAGACCCACCACAAAGCAGACACCACAAUGACCGAUCCAAACACAUCCUUGUUUGAACUGGACUUUGAGUCUAUUUAUGAUGAGCUCAACUUCAGCUACAACUACAACUUCAGCUACAACUACAACUUCAGCUACAACUACAACUUGAGCUACAACUACAGUGGGUUUAUCCCUGACCCGGCCACGCAGCCCUGCCCCAUCUUCAGCCCCCCGGAUGUCGUCAUGUUGCUUGUCUGCAUAUUUUACAUCAUCAUCUUCCUGUUGGCAAUUCCUGGGAACCUGGUGGUGGGUUUGGUGAUCGGCACGAGCGAGCAGCCCCUGAACCCCUCUGACCUUUACCUCCUCCACCUGACCAUCGCAGACCUCCUGCUGGCCGUCACCCUCCCCUUCUGGGCCACCUCGGUGACGCAGGAGUGGCUGUUCGGCGACGCCGUGUGUAAGAUCRUCACCAUCCUGCAGGAGCUGAGCUUCUACACCAGCGUUCUGUUCCUGACCUGCAUCAGCAUGGACCGGUACAUGGUGAUUGUGCGAGCGAUGGAAGCCCGCAGGGCCAACAGGAAGGUGGUCAGCUGGGGAGUCUGUGCUGCGGUGUGGAUUGUUGGGGGUCUUCUGUCUCUGCCGGGCUUGUUCAGCUCUUCUUAUGUAUCCCAGAACACCAACCACACGGUGUGCAGUGUAAACUACGACCCCAAAAGCUCUGAUGAGUGGAGGAUGGCCACCAGAAUCCUCCGCUACGCUCUGGGUUUCUUCAUCCCCUUGCUCAUCAUGGUGCCCUGCUACGGGAUAACCAUUCGACGCCUCCUUCACAUCCGGGGGGGAUUCCGGCGCCAGCGAGCCAUGAGGGUGAUCAUCUGCGUGGUCGUGGCCUUCCUGCUCUGCUGGAUGCCGUACCACCUGGCAGUGAUGGUGGACAUGUUCUUCAGGGCGAACGUGGUUCUCUACAAGUGCUUCGAGAGGAUGACGGUGGACCAGAUCAUGUUUGCCACCCAGAGCCUGGCUCUCCUCCACAGCUGCGUGAACCCGGUGCUGUACGCGUUCGUGGGGGAGAAGUUCAGGAAGAGGCUGCUGCAAAAGUUACGAAAGAUGGGCGUGCUGGAGAAAACRUCGGUUUCCAGAAGCAGCCGGUCGUCAGUGUCAUCAGAAGUCACAUCAACAUUCAUGUGAGAUGAUAUUUUGAGUAAUUCAGCUUUAAUGAUCCCAUCAUUUACUGUUUAGACUCAGGUGUUGGAUUUGUUGGACUUUAAACCCCUUUUUUUAUAUUUGACUUGGUGUAAAUUUCUAAACUUUUUUUUUUACUUUUUCAUGUCACUUGUGUUAGUUUCACUCCAUGCCAAAGCUUCUUUAAUUUAAGUGGUGACUAAGCUAUACUGAUGUUGAUUGGCCGAUAUAGGCCUCUUUUAAAUUUUUUUUGAAUUUCCAUUCCUGUACUGAAUCAUUUACAAAGCAGGAAAAUGAAGACGCAACAGCUACAACUAGCUUAAUGUAGCCAAAAAUGUAUUUUUUAAAAUAAGCACGAGUGGGGGUGCUGUUUGUAAAGUUACACAGUCAAAAAUUACC